AUGCCUGUAAUUCAGGAAUAAUUAUUUCAUUUUAAUUUAUAACAGAAUGUCAAUCAAUUAAGAACUUAGUUUUGAUUUCAAAUCUCAAGUCAAUUUUGAUUUUGAUUCCCAAUCAUUCCAAUUAUUCCAAUUUUGCUGAAUAAUGGCAAGAGAAAAUAACUAGUCUCUAGCAAAAUAUAGAGGAAAUGCAACAAUAGGAAGAAAAUGUCAAAAAUACGUUAUAACAAGCAUAAUCAAGAAUUAAAAAUAAGAAGUCUUACAUAGAUGAACAAAAAAUGCAAUAAAUAGAAACUAAGACCUAAGACACAAUUUACGUUUUUCAAAAAACUUCAAUCAAUCCUCUACUAAUCGAUUCAUCUAAGACUUUAGAAUUUCAAACUCUUAUCAAUAAUAUCUAAAAGUAACCUAUUGCGACAUUUCUAAUAGAUAUAAGAUUAAAUGAUAGAGUAAGUUAUUAUACUCUAUAUCUGUAUCUAUUUAUAAAAUUUUAUAGAUUUAGGAAUUUAUGAUAAUAUAAUUCUUUUAAAAUUAUUGUCAACUAAGAAUAAAUGCAAAUUUUUAUUAAACAACUAUUGAAUUGAUAAAUUAGGAUAUCACAGAAGAAUUUUAACUAAAUUAGAUAAAAGUAUUUUUGAAUAAAACUAUUAUUAGAAAUGGGUUUAUUUUUUAAAAAAGGAUUACUGUUAAAUAUAGAAUAUUGUUAGUAAUAAAUUCCAAAUAUGGAAGAAUGGUUAAUAUCUAUCAACUAAUCUAAGUAUUAUACCAAUUUUCUAUUAGCAGGGUAUGAUAUUUAUUCGAUUUAUUAUGGAUUGA